AUGCAUCCAUGGCAACGCUGGUAUUUAUACAUUACGUUAGGACAGUGUGGUGUUCUGAAAAUUAUAAAUAUUUUAUAUUCCUGAGCAAAUACAAUGCAUAAAACCUAGUAAAAAUGACAGAUGGAACGCAAGGAUUGUUGGCUAACGCCAUGAAAGGGAGAUUUUCUUCCAUAAAAGAUUCUUUGUCGGAAGAUGGUAAGUUUAAUUUAAGUCAGUCAACAAUUAAAUUUAAAUGAACAAUGUUAUCAAUUAAAUCAAUAUAAUAAUAUUAUGUUAUAUAAUAUUUAAUAUGUAGUUAUGUGUACUGAUUUGAGCCAUCUAUGUCAAUGAGCAAUUACUUCAAUCAGGGGCAGUAUCACUAUCAGUAUCUCUAUCAUCAAUAAUAAUAUCACAGACUAAUCACUUAUAUCACUAAUACUAUUAUUUCUCAGUUUACUGGCUAACUCAGCUAGUACUAGCCAAGUAUCAAGUAGGCAUAAGAUGCCAUAUGUAAAUAAACUUUUGAAUGAACCAAAGUGUAGAUUUGGCUAUAUAAUGCCAUAAUUAUUGCCAAUAUUAUUGUUUCCACUAGAUCUGUCACAUGUGUGGGAAAAUGUUUCCAAUUAUGUGGAGAAACAAAUGUCUCAGCACAAGGUAUGCAGUAAGAUAAUAUUCUUUUAUUGAUAAAAACAAAUGGUAAUUUUAGUGUUUACUUUGAAGUACAGAUUUAUCUUUUCAGUAUGUUUCAUAAAAACACUCACAAUGAAAAAUAAUAAUACAAUGAACAAUUUUAAAUGAGUACAAUUUUAAUAUAAGACAAUUUUAAAGCAGGGAUCACCAAACUUUUUUCACCGCGGGCGGGAUAGUGGACAAAAUGACGAGUGCGGGCCACAACAAUCAUUCUGUACAAUACUUGCAAGCGAGAGAGAAAGCUCUGGGAAAAAUUACAAAAAACUAAGUUUAGUAUUUCAUGUUAAACAUGUAUUCAGAAUCAAUUUCUUCAAGAAAAGCCUGGAACUGACUGUGAUUGAGUGCAUGUCCCCAAAUGAAGUUCAUAGCUGAAACAACUUGUUUCAGUACACAAGAAACAUCUAAGUCUUUCCCAUAGAGUGCUUGCUGAUAUAUGAUGCAGUGUAUGAACAGCGCGCCCGGAAUUUGCAAAGCUCUCAACUUAGUCCUGAUCUGCCCCUCCAGACCUCUCCUCACCCAAGCGAUGUUUUUCCUCCACCAACUGUAACACCUCGAAGCUUAUUCCACUGAAGGUUAUAGUGUGCAAAAAUUAUUUUCCAGUUGUCAUUCCAUGCAUGCUGCAAACGGAUGCCAACUCUUCUGUUACCUGAAAGUCCAAAAUGACACCAAAAAUAAACACAAGAAUUUGUGAUGUACUCAAGAGAUUGGUAGGCUCAUCUGUUUCCAGAAAAUCACACAGCAAGUUCUACCUUUCUCUCAUAUCUGUAGAGCUACGUUCUCUCCAAGUUCUUCUGUUCUCGACACAACUGAACUUGCCGAAAGGCUGAUUAUUCCAACCCUGGUGAAUACGAUUUUUAAUCCUACCAUAUGUUUCAAACUCUUCACUUCCUUUCACCCAUUUACAGUUUUGGUAGUUAUUUGACUAUAAUAUAUUAGCCAGAAUAAGCUUAAUUGAUACUGAUUCUUAUUUUAUUAUUUUUUAAACCAGCGUUUCCUAAAAUAAACAACCUCAAGUUACUUGGUAGGUUUUUCAAAUGAUGUCAUCAUUUGUUAAUUAUUUCUUAUAGAAAUACAUUUUGUUUUAUGUGGAUCUGAAUUCGAUCUAAACAUAAUAUUUGAAUUGUAUUAGGUCUCAUGUCCCAAAUGUUUAAUCAAGCAAAUUCAUGUACCAUCGGCGGGCCGGUGGGACUGACAUUGCGGACCGGGUGACCCCUGUUUUAAAAUAAUUUUUUAAACACAUUGUGUCCUGAAAUUUUUUUUUGUUGACAUAACCCAUUAAAUAUGCACUACACUGAUAAUAAAUUGAUUUAAAACAUGUAAAUGGUGUUUUAAUGCAAAAGUGGAUAGAUGGAUGUAUUUUGUUGGUUUUUUUGGGGUGGAAGUAAUUGGGGAGCUUUGUGAUGUCAUACCUGAGGGUGGUCUUGGGGUAGGAAAAAAUAAAAGUGACACACAUGACAACACCUCUCCAGUUUGGAGGCAGCGGCUGCCCAGAUGCUGCCACAUCUAUAGCAUUUCUAGAUACCUCUGAAAUAUGGUCUUUCCUACCUAAGUGUGUCUAAAUGGGUUCCUUCACAAAGUACUUCUCAUUGUGAUGUACUGUCACUCCCUGUUUUUAGCAGAGACCCUUCAGGUGUGAUCAAAUGUCCAGUGGGCUAACUGGACCCUUAGGAGGAGGCUGACCACCCUCCAAGAGCAAAGCAUAAAAUCUGUCAUUGUAAACUAAUUCAUCCCAUACUCACAUUUGAGUAGGUUUUUCUUUUAAUCUUUAUUCUCCUUCUUUCAAUCCUCCUACUGUGGUUGACCCAGAAUGUGGAUCCUAUUGGAUGCAUACCAUUGACCAGUCAUGAUGUAGAACAUACACAAAUACUAUUGGGGGCAAGGUACUGGUGUACCAUGAUGUCAGUGCUCUGUUAAGUACUAAAAUGGUCUAAACCAACAAUGAAAGUUUGAUUGCCUGGAGACAGUAGUGGCAGGGAAUGGGCAAGUUGUGAAUUCCUGCCGGAACGACAGGACUGAGGGAUGACUCAUUCACUGAAGACUUCUGCCUAGCAAACACAGACUCUUAGUGCGUGGUUGCCAUGUGGAGACAAUGGGUAUGCAGCUUCUGGAUCAGCGUGGGAAGGAAAGCCUUUACGAAACCAGUAAAACCAUACUGAUGAAGAAAAAAGAAAUAUAUCCAAGCUUGGGCUUCACCUUGUCUAUCAAGGCCCCAAUUGAUUGGCAGCACCUAGGAUCAGUUUCGAAAAAUACACUUUUAGGACAAACACAAAUUUAAAUAUGCUGCAAAGCAACAUCUGCAGGAUAUGAAACAAGAAAUUAGAGAUCUCCCACCUACUGCACAUGAAAAAAGUAUAUAUAGUACUACUAAAAGAAACCUUACACUUCAACACGGACCCACACACCACAGUGUAUACUGAUUACACUUGAAAGUGCCAUGACUGUAGUCGCAUCAUCACCUACACAAGAAAUGACAUCCAUGGCGAGGUUUAGAAAAUACAGUUUUUAACACAUACAACCCCCACCCCCCAAAAUAAUAAUAAUAACCAUGCUGAAAUGGCCACUGGAUCUGAAUGAUGAUGAUGAUGAGGAUGUGUGUUGAGUUGGGGGUGGGUAAAAAUCUGAAAACUUUACAAGACAUCAAAAAUGGAUGACCUGUUUAUGCAAAAAGGUCAUCAUACAAAGGGGCCUUCCAUUAAUAAUAUUGUACAAUUUCAGUGCAUUUUUAUCUCUCUCCACCCCAAAUUUGUAACAAUGUAACACAAAGUAGAAACUUUUAUUUUUUUAAACAUAGGCUUUUUCAUUCAUUACAUACACAUUGAAUAGUUUAAUGCAGUAAUAUUUCCAAGAAAUUAUUAUUUUGUAAUUAUUUUUAGUAAUUACUUGUAAUAUUUUGACACAAUUUUUUUUUUUCAUAUCCAUAUCCAGGGUGUACAGAUUCCUGGCCUAGGGAUUUUUUCUAUUUCUCAAAAUAAACUUGAGGUGGGCAACAACAAAUUUGUUAUUACGCAAAGACCAGUUUUCAACAUUUCAGAGAAAUUUGCACAAACACAUGGGCUGCAAUUUCAAAAAUACCAUGUACCAGGUAAGAUUUAUUUCUAUUGGUUUAUUAUAACUAAGCAAUUGAAUUGGGAUAAAAUAUCUCUUGCUAAAAUAAAGGAGUUUUGUUUAUUCUUUUCAAAUUUUAUAGAGAAAUUUCUUUGCAGCCACAUUUGGAAUUGUGCAUAAACAAUUAGCUAGCAUGCCUUUACCUUUUCGCUUUAUUAUGUUUAAAGCUGCUUAACCUUUUAUGACCAAAAUAUGCAUUGUAACUGUUAAGGCUCUCAUAAUUAACUGGCAUAAAAAUGUUCCAGUUCAUGUGACUUUUUGUUAAACCUCAUUUAAAUAAAUGAUGUCACUAUAGCCUUAUAUCUUUCAUCCACCACAAAUCCCACAACUCACGUCUUUAUCAAGACUCUGAAACUGCUUUAAAGUCAAUUAUUUAGUGCUUGAUUUAGUUUAAUAACUCAUCUGCCCCUUUUUCUUGUCCACACACAAUAUCUCUGGAUUAAAUCAAAUCUAUUGAAUGAUAAUUUCUUUAAUACAGGAUCUAUUCCAGUACUACCACUCAACUUCUCAUCCAUAUCUUUUGAAAGCCCAUUUGAUCGAGACACAGUAGAAAGAUGUGUAAAGGAAAUUGUUAGUUCAGUAUCCCGUGCCCUGGCAGCCAAACGUAAUAUUGAGCUUUGUUUUAAUGGAAUAGGCCGACUAACCAUAAGAGACAGCAGAGUAAAAAUGAAGUUUUAUAAGGAAUUUGUAAAUGAAUUGGACUCCUCUGGAAAGCAAGUUGAUUCCAUGAUGAAUGUAAGUAUUUUUUGUUUAAAAUAUUUUUUGCCAUGAUAUAAAAAUCCAUAACACAAGUACAUUGGUUGUCAUGGGAGACAUGAUGUUAGACCGUGUCUUAAUGUUCAGCAUCAGGCUAAAAGUAUGAAGUUUAAGAUAUUGUUAUCUUUACUUCGUUUUUAUUUCAUACUUUUCAUAAUUCAGCGACCAGGAACAGUAGACUCUGUGAUGUCAGAUCGAAUGACAACUAGACCUCAUUCAAGCAACACACUCAUAUUACCAAGGUACAUGUGUUUUCAUGUUAUAAUUAUUACAUUUUUAGUAAUCCUUUUAAUCCCAAUAAUUUCCAGUUUUCAUUGCACUGGAUAUUUUUGCUAAUUGAUGUAGAAUAUUUUAAAAAAUUAAAAAAAUCAGACUCAUUCCAAAAUUUUACCUGCAAUUACUAUGCAUAACAAUGAAUUAUUUACUUUAAACCCUCCAGUUAAAUAAAUAAAUGUUUUUUUAUUUAUUAUGAAGUUUAUUUAUCUUUUACAGCGUCUUAUCAACUCAACAAGUUCAUUUGAGAUAUUUAAAAUAGAUGUUUGAUUUGUUUUUUUUUUUAAAUAGUACAUUACUUUAAUGUAAAAAAUGUCUAAAAUUUAUAUACCCUUCUUCAGAAUAAAUUCUGGUCAUGAUAGAUCUGGUCCUGGACACCUUAAUUGCUUAUCACCUGUUGUGGAAGAAGAGUCCGCUAUACAGCCUGAUGGUGGGGCUUAUUACGAAAGUCAUUAUUAUCCAGACCAAGACAGUCCCACGGAAGGGGCAAUGCCAGCUGUAAGAUUUGCAGAUCCUGCAGCAACCCAUGUAGGCAUGGAGGAAACAGAUGGUGAUUUUGCCACAGAAAAUGCUAUUGAAAAUAUAAUGAGAGGAGAAAAUGGGCUGGAUGUCAACACACAGCCAAGUUGUUUCCCUCAGCCCUAUGAACAAGCUAAUGUUGUAGAAGGUCAGUUAUGCCAUAGAAUUGUUAAAUAGGCUUCAGUUUUAUGAUUAUUUUCCUGGUUAAAGCUAGUUAAAAUUCUAAUAUAUAAAUAAUCAGUUUCCUUUUAAUGAAUUAUUGGACAAAGCUACUAAACAUUGUUCAUUUAGAUUUUACAAACAGAUGUGCUGGAAGCUUAUACAAGUUUGUUAUUCUUUUAAUUUCAUAAUAGUUUAUUUGCUAUUAAAAUGUGUUACCUUAAGACAGUGGUUCUCAACCUUUCUAGUGCCGCGACCCCUUAAUACAGUUUCUCGUGUCAUGGCGACCCCCCAGCCACACAAUUAUUUUCUAUGCUACUUCAUAGCUGUAAGGAUAUAUGUUUUCAGAUGGUCUUAGGCGACCCCUGGAAAAGGGUCCCGCGACCCCCAAAGGGGUCGCAACCCACAGGUUGAGAACCGCUGCCUUAAGAGAUGGACAAGAUCUUGUCAUGUCUUUUAUUUCAAAUGUUAAUUCUGAGCUUCUGUCGCUUUAUUUGAAUUACUAGCAAUUGUUGAGAAAAUAGUCAUAAUCUUAAGCCAGACCGGCUUCAAGGAUGUCUUUUUGACUAUGCUCUUUGGAUUAUCAUAGGUUUAUUGGCAGUAAUAUGCAUUUGGCAACAUGAAAGCUGCUGGAGAAGCUGGAAAGUUGCUGGAGUUGAACAUUAGUUUUAAGUUUUCCUGUCUCCUGGCCUUGUUUCUUUUUUUGUCUUGUCUGCUGAAGAACAAUUUCAAUCAAAGCGUUACCUUUUCAUUGUGCCGUUCUUUCUCUUCAAGCUUCAACAUACCUUGUUAAAUUAUUUUCUUGUGUCUUAGCCAUUCUGCCCCCAUCCCUAAUAGCUUAGAUGUUAUCAAAUAAAUAACCUAUUAUGGCAGAGCAAAUUGUCACCAUACAAUAACAUAAAAAACUUGAUUUGUAUUUUUUUUAAUCUGGGAAACACUGUAAAGAGGGAGAAAAUUAUUUUGAUUCCUUAUCACAAGAAAACCAGUGGGUUUUUUUGUUGUUUUUUUUAAAUACCUCAUGGUCAUCCUCUCUAUAACUUGGCUGCUACUGUAUUUGAUACAAUUGUUUGUGAAGUAAGACCUGGGACAUGAAUUUUAUUGCUAACACCCAGUGGUAAAGUCAAGGUAGGGAGCAUUUUGUCCCUUGCAUCCAUAAUGUCCCUACAGUCAGUAUAUGGUAUCCCCAGGGCUUGUUGUUUUUUUUAUAUAUCUGCCACAAGCUUGCAGAAUGUCUCCUCUAUUUCUUGAUGAGAUUGUUGCUAGGCUACUUGAGUGCUCCCACAUCAUUCAAUUUGAAUGAACUUAUCACAAUGGAAGAAGUGGAGAACUAAUUGAUUUAUUUCAAAUAGUGUCCAGCUUUUUAAAACCAACCAGUCUUAAAAAAAACAAAAAACAUUCUCAUACCAAUUCAGGUUUGGUUCACUGAUACAGAGCUCCCUUAUCAGCAUAGUGGCUGUGAGGCUAGUAUGAAACAAUGAGAUUAUAAAUAAGUUAGCAUCAUUGACAACAUUAACCUGACAACUGCCUAGCAACACCCUAGAUAAAAGACUUGACAAUUGAGGAGGUCUUGAAGGGGAAUACUAGAAUAGUGGCUAGAACAAACUUAGGAGAAGUCACUUGACUUUGGCUUUGAUACAACAUUUUAUUUUCUAUAUAUUGAAAACGUGUAAUUGAAUAUAAGACAUCCUUCAGUCAUUAUUUGUAAAGACAGUCAAUAUGUGGUACUGUAUGACCGAGGACUUAACUACUGCAACCAGGAGACUAAGAAAUGGUAACAAUAAUUUAACCAUAACAUUUGCUUGUAUUAGGCUAUAAUGAAUCUGUUUUCCUUUUAAUUUUAUAUUUUAUUUAAUAUUUUUUCCCUUGUAAUUUAGCAGAGCCAAAAGUAGCAGGGGGAAGCAGGUGUUCAUCAAGGAUGGCUUUACCUUUGGCUAAAGCUACUGGCGUCAAUUUGAUGGAGGAUCUAGCAAUUCCCUCAUCUAGUCGAAAAAUUGUUUCACCAGCUGUCAGAAUGUCCCAUGGUGGGGAGGACUUUAUAGGGUAAGCCAUGUGUAUACCAGGGGUUCUCAAAUGUUUAGAUAGUUGUACAACUUAAAUAAACUGGUAAGAAUUAAUGUACCACUAUUUGCAUAUUUCAAAUUUCUAUAUUCUAGUAUAGACAUUUGGACAAACAAAUAUUUUCAUUUUUAUUUUUCAAAUUUAGGUUAAAACCUCCAACACCACCAAGGUUGUCGCCCAUGUAUCGUUCUCACAGCGCAGACAACUUUCAUGACCCAGGAAUGCAUAUUAAGGCCCCUACUCCACCAGGGUCAGCAUGUGGUCACCGCGCUGCUGGCCAGGAGCUUUGUUACCUUUGUCAUCAACGUGCCAGGAUGAAUGUGCCUGUGUCUUUCACGGAGGAAAGAAAAAAGAGGGAGGCCGAGGAGGAACGUCUACUGCAACAAUACCAAACAAUGAAGGAUGCAGAAGAGACUUUAAAAGAUCAAGUAUUAUAAUGUUUUGAUUUAAAAAUUAUAAUAAUUGGCUUGCAUUUAUGAAUAAUUUCUAAUUAAUUGAUUUCUGCAAUAUUUAGUUAAAUACAGAUAGUAAUGUUAACCCAAAUCAAUAGCAAAGUACCCACUAUGAGACCAAGGGAAAACGUUCCAUUGGAUAUAUUUAUUUAUUUACUUAUUUAGUCAUUUUUAUAUAGCGCUUACCUUAAGCUCUAAGCGCUUUACAAUUAUUAAAAACAUGUAAACUAAGUAAAAUGAAAAUGAGACACUAGGAUAGUAACUACUAUACUAUAGAAACAAUUAAAAUGGCUAUAAAACGAGGACAUAGGUAUCCUCAAUAACUAUAUCAUAUAACUGAAAAGUUAACAUAUUCUUAUUUUUCUUGUAAAAUCAGAUAUUUCUGGAGUACAUAUCAGAUUCUUGAGUUUUAAUUUUUUGUGUGUGCUGCAUGUUAAAUUAUAUACUUCAUAAUUUUAACCCUGUACCAAGUGUUACUUUUUAUAAUAAUUAAAACAAUUAGGUUGAUUUAGUCUAAAAAUAACCAAAUUUUUUAAUAAUAAAGACUAAAAAAUUUAACAAUAGGCCUAGGAUUUCAUUAAAUAAUAUAUGUUUUUUCCAGGAACGUCAUAUGGUAAGGAGAUAUGAUCUACAAAAAAUUUCAGCCUUUAAUUUAGGUGUUGCUGAUGCAGUCCAAGCAAAGAUGAAGGCCAAGGAUCCUGAGCCUCAGGUAAAACAAUAAUAUUUUCGGAAAAAGCCUUUUAACAAAUUUAUUUUAAGAUACAUAAAGCUCAGGCAUUUUGCACAAGGGAUAUAAGCAGCAUGAUAAGUACUCUUUAAAAAACACCAAAAGUUCUUGUGUUAAAAAACAUGUUCUAAUGCAGUUUGCAUAGCCCCCAAGCUGCUAAUAAAAUGCAUUGCUUCAAUUUAUCUAUAAAAACAAGAUAAAAAACAAACAACAAAUUAAUUAAUUUAACUGGUUGACUACCACAAGCCACUGGUAGGUGCCAGCCUUUCCUUCUAUCAUGGCCAUGAGUCACUGUGAGUGCCAUGGUGUGUUGCAUAGUAAAUCUAGAGAUAUAAUCAUAUUCUUAUUUUCAAUUUUACCCGCGAUUUUAAUUUACCAACAGGAAGAUAGUUAAAAAAUCACAUGGACAUUUAGAAUGUAAAUAAAAAAUGUAUUUUGUCACAUUUAUCAUAUUUUGAGGGUAUUAAGCAAGUAUUUUUCAUGGCAACCAGCAAUAUGGUUAAAAAGCCAACAUACUGUAAAUAAGUUAGAGAUUUGUUUAUUCAGUUGCUGUAUUUAUAUAAAUUUGGAAACCUUGUCUGAUUUGGUAGGUAUAGUGAUUACAUAAAUUAUUAGAAGUGCAUUUAGUAAAAAGUAAUCACAUAUUUUGGAAAUUCAAAACUUGAAGGUAAGUUGGAAAAUUUUAAUAAUUAACCUUGGGCAGACUUUGAAGGGAUUACCGCGGUGUAGCAAAUGUUCUUAUCAGCUUGAUAUCUGAUACCUGGCUAAAUGAGUCACUAUGAUAUUAAACUGAUUUUUGGAACUAGGUAAGAUGCCCAGGGCCUGCUCCACUCGUACCGCGGGUUGGACAGAAAUUGAAGUUCUUUCAGGAAUGGCUCAAUAAAGAGAUAAGGACAUGAUCUGUAAAAACUAUGAGUUCACUGGGUAAAGUUGAAACACUGUAAAGGGCAACUGUGUGAAAAGCACAAAAGUAUUUAAAUUUAUUAUUUGGGGCUGUGUGAAAGCUCCUUUGAACAUACAAAUUAAUGUUGAAAAUGAUCUACAGGAUAGUAAGUUGGCACAUUUUUAUAAUUUUUGAAUGCACUUACACUUGAAAUAAUAAUUUAAUAAUAUUAUUAACAAAAAUGUGUUUUAUAUUUAUCUUAAAGUAUAUUCAUUUAUCUACAAAAUGGCAUAUUACUUAACAUUUUAAUAAUUGAGAAAUGACAACUGAAUUUGUACAUAGACCUGCAUGUGGGAAAAUGUUACCUACAUGUAAUUCAGCCACACACAUUUUUUUAAUGUGAUAUCUUAUCAGUUUUAUAAUACUACUUAAAAUGGUUUUUUUUGGUGAUAUUACUAGUAGGACUUGUUAAUUAUACCUUGUAGAUAAAUAAAGUUCAUUUAAAAAUUAUUAUCAUGAAUUCAAAAUUACCAUGUUCUUAUAGUAUUGAGACUAUUAUAACAAUAAAAGUACAAAAUGAAAAAAAAUGAGACUGAUUUUAUCAGAUUGAAAUUUACUUUUUUGUUGAAAUAAUUUUUACUUCAUAUCUUUCAGCGGGCCUAUUUGUUUAACAGAAGGCCAUUAACUCCAGCCCGUGUGCUUAAACAAGAGGAAUAUCUUAGGGAGCUUGACAAACAGGUAAUGAAUAGUAUGCUUAACAUCAUAUUAUUAAAAUAUAGUAAAUCAAUUUAAUAUAACAGGUGAAAUAAGAGUGUAAGACUGUAUGGCAAUAAAAUUGUGUAAAAUAUUGGUAGCUGUAUAGGUUAUCUGUGCCAAAAUACUAAGGUGCCACAGAAAUAUACUCAUGUGGAUAAUCCCGGAUAAUCCAUCUUUUGUCUAGUAUAAAAUUUAGCAUUAAAACAAAUUUGGAUGAUAAAUUUAUUUCAAUAAUUAUAGCCCAGAAUGAAUCUUUAAAGUUUCUCUAUGUUUUAUAGGUGGAGUCCAAACAGAAAGCUGAGCAGAAGAAAAAAGCAGACGAUGAAUUUUUAGAGCGAUUAGAGCAAGUGCAACUAGCAGAGGAGUGAGUUUUAUUCAGUCAUGGUUUUAAGAUUUAUAUCUCUCAAUUUCAACACAUAGUUACCACUUAUGAAUUCUUUUUUAAAUCUUGAGUAUCCAUAGCUAUAAUUUCUAAUUUUUUUUUAAAAAGAGGCUCAGUUUUGGAUAUAAAUAUCAACUGGGUUUUUUUUUUUCUUUAAAUAUUAUUUUAAAAUUUGGCAGUAGAUUAAGAAUAAGGAAUAUUAAGUUUGAAAAUUGAGAAAUUACACAAUUUCAAUUGUUCCCAAAGCUGAUGAUAAGAAAAAUUAAAUUUUGUUUCAUCAUCUUCCACUAUGGUUUCUUUCAGCCUGGCUGCUCAAAGAGAGCAAUACCUCAGAGAUAAAGCAGAUUCAACUGAGACCUAUAAGAAAGCUCUGGAAGCUCAGGUAUCAAUCAAUGGAAAAUUUUACUCAGAAAGUUUACAAAGACAGGUGUAUGUUCUUUUCACCUGAAAAUCUUUUGAUCACAUCUCUGCUCUUUAUGCGGUAUUGAAAUGAAUGCAGUUUUUUUUAUUUCUAAACUUAAAUGCUAUUAAUAGUGCCAUGUUCUAAAAUUAAACAAAUUUUAAAAGAAUUUUUGCUGAUGAAAAGAUAGCUGAUUUUUUUGGUAAAUUUUGUUCCCACUAAAAUUAGCUGAAAUUCAAACCCAUGCAAAUGCCAGAGAAAGAACAAGAUAAUGAAGUCUUUGGAAAGAAUGACAUGAAUAAUGACAAAAUGGCAGAAAGACGUCGCCGGGCUUACAAUAUAUCACAGGAGCAGAAAGCAUUAAUUGAGCAGAAAAAGAGGGAUGCCAUUCUUGCCAAAUUGGCUGAACAGCAGACAGAAGAAGAAGUUUUGGCUAGGGCUAGGGAUGAGUAAGUUUUGUUAUACUUCUUUAAUGAUAGAUUGUUUACAAAAACUAUUGGGCCUGUACUAACUAACAUACAUAUUCUGGUAGGGCUUGAGCUACCUGCUCCAUAUGUUGGGCAGUGCCAUUAACAUUGUCUAAACAGGGGCCUGUACUAUACAUACUCCUUAUGGGCUAAACUCUUUGUCUCAGAUCAAUGCUCCCAUCAUCGAUUUAAAAUGACGUUUUUAUUGGAUUGACAAUGCCAUCGCUGUUUGUUUUGUUCCUUUUCCUAGCUAUUUGCUUUAAAUUACUUUUAGUAAAAUCUAGAAUGAUUUCCCUUUGCUAAACUUCUGACAUUUUCUUUCUUUGAAUCUGUUUUUAAUGAAGUGUUUAAAGCAGUUGUUUUAACUAUUUUUACUUUUAAAUUUAAAAACAUAAUCUCGACCUGGCCCAUCUGGCGAUCGAUCUAAUUAGGUAGAAAAUAUUACACUGAUGAACAAGUAAGGGGUAUUAUUUUUUAUGACAAUUCAUAUAGUGAUUUAACGAUUUCCGAUGCAGAGGCUGAUUCUGAUGAAUCAUACAAUCCUAGUAGUAGUAAUAGUACAUGUGAUGAAAGUGAAAAUGAAAUUGAUAAUUCAGCAGCUGAUGAACAACCAGACCCGCCCCCAGCUAAAGUGCCUUCUAGAUGAGCUAACACUCUUCCUGCUAUAAAUAAUGUAGAUUCUAAUUAGAAAGCUGCUGAUCUUGGCACUAAAACUGAGUGCUAUUUAAGAUUUUUACCUUAAAACAAUAAUAAAUGUUAGUACAUAUAAGGAUACAGGGCAAAUACGUUCUAGCAGCAACAAAUUGUUUCCAGUGGAAAUAGUUUUUUCUGACUUUAUUUUGUCACUGUGACAAUGGAUAAUGUGCUGUGGUUUUUCAUUUUGUGUUUUUUCAAUGUGAUGUUUAUUCUUUAAGUGAUGCACAUAUGCGUAUAAUUUGGAAAAAAAACGUUUUUGUUACACUUUAGAUUAUAAAUUUCUCUUUUAAAAUCUUGAAAUGAGCAUUUUGCGAACGUUUGGUGACUUUUUUAUUUACAAUUUUUAUUUUCUAUAAACCAAAAUCACAUUGAUAUUUUAAAAUUUAAAGAUAAGUCUGUAUUGUCUGUAAAGAAAAUGCAUUCCCCUUUAAAUCCAUACCAAACUUAACAUUUUAUAAUGAAAUCCAAAAAGGGUAUGAAUGAGGAAAAUAAUUCAGGAGACAAAGAGUUAUAUUAGUUUUAAACCACUCAUCCAAUCAAAGUAAAUAAAAGCAUCUUGAAUGUUGUUGUUUUUUAAGUCCUCCUUUAGCCAUUGACAACCAUUGGUCUUUAUUUAACAAAUGUUAUUUAAAAAAUUUAUAACAUUAAGCAGUAGGUAUACACAGAAUAUUAAUAUAAAAUAUCCCCAUAAAUUUUCAUUUCUUUGCUUUUAAAUUUGGUCACAGGUUGACAAGUGAUCCCACUGCAACAUAGGAAAGAUUUAUAUAAACUUUUAGAUCCCUUCUUUUAUUUAAUCUUAGUUUUUAUUUUGAUACUGGUUAUGAAAAAAAUGUUUUUUUAUCAAUCAGUUUGAAAGAUGAGAGGGCAUUCAAGCACAUGAUACGGUUUGACACAAGGAAAUGCCUGGAACACGACUGGCAAAAACUUGCAGAGAGCAAAAAAGCUCGUGAGCUGGAUGAACGUCUACAAUCUCUUAAUCCUGGCAUUUUGUUACAUGAGCAGUGUGACCGCUACAACCGCUGCAAACAAUGCAAGCGUAAACUGAUAAACUGCGGUGAGACCAACAUUUGGAGUGAGUCUAGAUAUGUGCCCGGGUCAAGGAUCAUGGUGUAGCAUCACACAAAAGAUAAUGAAAGCAACUUAAAGCUUUUUUAAUCUAUCAUAAUAGAAUCUGAAAUUGGUCUCAUUUGUGCUGUAACAACAACUAGAAUUUACGUCAAAUUCAAAUUGAUAAUCAAAUAUAAGGUGCACACUUAAGCAGAAAAGUCUAUUUUAUGUCAACUUUUUUAUCUGUGUGAAUUAACAUAAAGCUUGAUCAAUUAGUGUUUUUACUGUGCUGUUUCAUUAGGUAAAUGUAGAUUUUCAUUUAUUUAUUUUCUGAAUGAGUGUGUGAAACCAUAAUUUAUUUAAAUCUUUAGCAAUAACAAAUGAGUUAAUGUCAGUUGUGCAUUACAGUUGUUUGUAAAUACUAUAGAUGUGUAGAUAUUGUUUUUAAUUUGUGAAGGCAUGAAGAUUGUCAUCAACAGUUUCUGUAAUAUCAUAAGUUCAUAUUUGCAUUGAUUGAAAUUUAAAGUUGUUUUAGUAUAACUAUUUGGAUGUCAUAUUUAAUCUUUGACUUUUAUGCAAAUUUCUUGGGGCUUCUCUGUGAUAAAAUCAGUAUUAUGUAUUUACCUACACCUUUUACUUUAUAUUUGUCAUUGUUAACAGUUUUUAAUUAUAAUUUAAAACAUAAUGGUUGUCCCCUAACACUUUUAAUAUAUUUAUUUUAAAAAUUAUUUUAAAUCUUUAAUGCAAUUUUCUUAAAUGGAAUCACCAUCCAAGCAUUAAUGGAUUUUUGAAGGAGAAAUUUAAAAAAAAAUAUAUUGCACUAAAUGUUUUGUUAUUUGUUGAUACGUAUAAGUCAAAUCUUUGUACAACAAUCAUUAACUGCUGAAUACCUUGAGCAUUAUACCUGCAUACCUUAUAAAUCCUCACUUGAUGUCAAAAAUAACUUGGCUUCUCUCAUCAUUAUAUUAAAUUUAGCUCAAUUUAAAUUGUCAACAAAUUAGGCUUUUACAGGAAAGACAAGAAAAUUGUUAAAUCAUAGCACUGUUAUAGGCUGUUUAAAUUUUUUAUGUUGAAGAUAUGAAAAUUUAAUUGAACUACAGUGUAAUCUGACUGUAAAGCUGUGUAUUAAUAAUUAAUUGUUAUAUUAAUUUUACAAGAAACUUAUUGAAAAAAACUUAUAUAAAACAAGCAACAGAGAAGAAAUUUAAAACCUGUGUCCAUAUUUGUAAAAUUUAGCAUCUUAUUUCCAUGUUUGUAAAAUUAGCAUCUUGCGAUUCAUGCUGUCUAGACUUGGACUUUUCCAGUUUAUGAAAUUACUUAAUUUGAAAAUAAGGUUAACUGUUACAAAGUGAUUUUGGUCCUUUCAGGUUUUACAUUUGAAUAAUUGAAUAGUUAGAAGUUAUUUAAAGUAUUGGGACACAAUCUAUACACCCUUUAAAGCUGUAAUGAUAGGUUGCAAUAGCAAAUUAUCUAAGCACAUUUGACAAAAAUCACUUUAAAACCAUUUAACGCAUCAAAUUAGUGAGGCAUGUUUUCAAAUUCAACAAAUUUGUGGUAAGUACAAAAAGGCAACUACAAAAAAUUUAGCUAUUGAAAAUGUUUUUAUUUCUUAGAGACUGUUUUUAACAUGUGGGUAUUUGAACUAAGAAAAUUGACAUUUAUGCACAAUUGUUUCAAUGUUUAGAUAGUUUGCAAAAAGAAUACCAUAUAUUUAAUCAUAAAAAUGGAAAUGUAACUUUAUUAGUAACCAAAUUAAAUUUGUUCAAAAAUGUUUUUCAUCUCAGCACAUCUGUUUCUAUUUUAAAAAAUCAUCACUUCUAUUUGCUAAAAAAAAAUUCAAUAAAUUGUAGAGAAAUAAACAUAAUAUAGAGUGUUGUUUUAAUGUCAGCC